AAUGGGUGGAACUAAUGAGAAUACGCCUGCUGCUGAAGCUGGAGGUGUAGAAGUUACCAGUGUAGAGACUGCUCAGCUGGUUACUGAUUCUCUUGAACUUACAGUUUCUGUAACUCAAAUAUCAAACAUAUCCCCCUCCCCCCUGGAGAACAUAAGAGAGCUGCUGGAUGAGGUGGAGGAGCAGGUUGAGAAGGUUCGUGUAGAUGCCUGCCAGCUGCAGGAGGAGAAGGAGGAUAUACAGACAACCUUAGAGAUGCUCAUGGAUCCACAGAUACUGGGACAACUUAAGGAGAUAGAUAGGGAAGAGAUGGAAGCGGUUAUUAAUAGGUUGUCCCUUAGAUUGAACUCCGUCAAUGUAAACGUACAGACCCCCAGAUCUCACACGCAGCAGGAGAGCUUACAUCAGGUCAACUCAGCUAUUGACACUCUGAUUAUCCAAAUCCAGACAGACACUAUGCAGGCCAGCAUGAAGUGUAGGCAGUAUCUCUCUGCUGCAGGAACGGAUAUAUCUGCACCCUCCGAUGUCAGAUUUGAGGCUCACCUGCUAGGAUGUGCUGUAGAGGAUCAAAAGAACGUGAAAAAACGUUUGUUGGGUCUGUUCGAUCAUAUCAAGGCCAUUGCUAGUGAGUGUAUACAAGAAGAUGAUCAAUAAUAUUUGAUCAAUUAUCACACGCGCAGUCAAAGUUGAUGCUUGUUGAUAGAUCUAUUCUCUUUUUAUCAGCUACCUAUAUUUCCUGUUGAAAUAUUAUUUUUCUACACAUUAAUUCAUAUAUUAUAUAUUGAUGAAUUUCUGAUAUGAUGUUGCAAUCAAUCUACGCACUGUCACCUACCUUUCAAUCUAGUAUUUACAACUCUACUUCAUUAGACUUAUUUAAAGGAAAAUUGAAAUGGAUGUUUGUUUUAACAUUUAUUUUAAAUCUAUUAAUAAGUCUGGUGUCACAAUUUGCAGUCAGCUGGUAACAUCACAAUGAUCGUUAAUCAAAUAUCUGCAUACAUUUGUCUUGUGAUCUCAAAUUUUCCAGAGCUGAUAUUAUCAUGUAUUUGGAUUUUAUAAUUUUAUUUUUUAUUUUUUGUAAGAUGUUUGAGUGGUUUAGUCACAUCCGUCCAAAUUUAUUUGUUGCUCUGUUGUAAAUUUUUAAUGCAAACCCCGUCUCCUCGUUGUGGAGAACAGGUGUACUGUGAAUUUUUUGUACUAUUUGUCAUUUAAAUAAAUUUUUUUAUUCAUUUUUGUAAUAUGAAAUAACUUUCUUAUAUUUCAGAA